AUGGCGGCUCCUGGUCCUGUGACUCCCGGGGCACCCUUUGAACCAGCACAGCCCCCAGUCAUUGAGGGCUUUAGCCCCAGUAUCUACAGCACUCAAGAAAGCUUCAAAGAAAAAUUUCUUCGCAAGACCCGCGAGAACCCAAUGGUACCCAUAGGCUGCCUGGGCACGGCGGCCGCCCUAACCUACGGCCUCUACUGCUUCCAUCGGGGUCAGAGCCACCGCUCUCAGCUCAUGGUGUGCACCCAGAUCGCUGCUCCAGGCUUCACGGUCGCAGCCAUCUUGCUGGGUCUGGCUGCAUCUGCUAUGAAGUCUCGAUCCUGA